UCUUGUUAUCCACUUGAAAUCUUUCCUGCUGACGAAAACUCGAAAACUCUAAGACAAUGGCGGCCGUUGAAGCAGUUGCAGGACUCUCCUUCGCACGUUGCCCUUCUUCUUCCUCCAAAUCCCUCUUGUGUCCCAAACCCACAAAACUCUCUUGCUUAACUUCCGGCAUUUCCAAGUCUGCCUCUAUCCUUUCCCACAGUUUCUCCAUCUCUUCUUUAACCAAUUCCAGAAAGAAGCCGGGCUUUCUACUCUGCUCUACAGUUCAGGAAGUAAAUGUAGAGGCUGAAACAGAGAAAACCCAGAAAUCAAAUGUGAAAAGAAAGCUUUUUGUGUUGAAUUUGCCAUGGUCUUAUACGGUUGCUGAUAUCAAAGAUCUCUUUGGCCAAUGUGGAAACGUAACAGAUGUUGAGAUUAUAAAGCAAAAAGAUGGAAGAAGUAGGAACUUUGCAUUUGUGACAAUGGCUUCUGGAGAAGAAGCUCAGGCUGCUGUCGAUAAACUCGAUUCUCAUGAAGUGUCAGCGAGAAUUAUUAGGGUAGAGUUUGCUAGGAGAUUCAAGAAACCUUCACCUUCUCCACAGCCAAUUGUUCCUCCUCGUGAGACGCACCAUAAGCUUUAUGUGUCCAAUCUUGCUUGGAAAGUUAGGUCUAGUCAUCUCAGAGAAUUUUUCUCUGCCUUUAACCCAGUUGCAGCUAGGGUUAUUUUUGGUACCCCUUCAGGACAGUCUGCCGGGUAUGGCUUUGUUUCAUUUGCCACAAAGGAGGAAGCUGACGCUGCAAUUUCUACUCUAAAUGGGAAGGAAUUGAUGGAUCGGCCUCUACGUUUAAAAUUCAGUGAAAGGAAUGUUGAUGAAUCUGGAGGUGAAAAGAAAGAGGAAAAGGAGCGUGAGGGUCAAACUGACUAGUCUUAGAUCUUCGCUUGGACCUCAUCUUUCUCCUUCUUUUGCAAAUUAGUGUACAAAUGAGACUUAAGUCGAAAGUUUUGUCACCUGCCUAUAGAAGUGGUCUGUAAAUGUUUACAUUCUCUCUAAUUCUCCUUUUAUUUGUAUCUUUAUAAAGUUCCAUAUUAUUUAUUAUGCAUAUUACAUAUAUUCAAUUGAUAAGAUGGGAAUUGUUUUGUCUUGAAUGAUUAUUUAGAGAAAUGUCUAUUCCAGCUUUCCAUUUUAACACCUUGCUUUGGUCGCAUUAUGCAGAUAUGAGGUAUUUUGUCUUAAAAAAUGAAAUGUGGCAUGGAGCAUUGGAGCUAAUCCAUUGACCUCUGCUGGUAGCUAAUGAAAGGGUUGGUUAUAAGAAAGAGUAGGGGGAGCGAUGUUGUGCGGGUAAUUAGUUUUCAGAGCAACCUUGUGGUUAUUGCAUGAUAAUUUGACUUUCCAUGAGAUGCCAUCAUAUCUCCAAAUUCUUAACAAGUGGGAUCGGUUUGAUUUAGUCUAUAUGUUGUCAGAUCAAUUUUUGUUCAAGUGUUUCUUGUCGUGGAUUCUUAGUCAAGAUCCAUCCAACAUUUUGGAAUAACAUCUAUGAAGCCUUCAUCCUUUAUGUCACCAA